AUGCAAGGGAUUUUGGAAAGAGCAAAAGAUGGAAAAAAAGCGUCAAAAGUUAAAGAAAACGAAAAAGGACAAGAGGUAGCUUUACAAGAACCACAAAGUAAUAGUGAAUCCAAUAACAGCAGCCCCGCAAUUUCUCAACAACCAGAUUCAAAACAGAAUUCAGUAGCUGUUGAAGAUAUAGCUACACAAGACAUCGGAACUGAGUUGAAACAACAAAACGCUGAUGAUGUCGUCAAAGAAGAAGCAAUUAAUCCGACCAAUGAGUCACUACAAGCUAGUUUUGAUCAUUUAAAUAAUGCUAACCAAAAUUUUAAUCGAUGUGUUAAUCUUAAUCUAAAUGAUGCCAAUCUAAAUGAUGUUAAUCUAAAUGAUACUAAUCCAAAUAUUAUUAAACCGCCUUAUAAUACAAUAUGGUUUUACAAUCGAGAUGAACCCUACUAUGAAUUUACAAAUUUCAAAGAAAAUUUUCCUAUAAAAGCAGCACUUGUACCACGUCCAGGAAGUGCACCCGAAGUUAAAAGUUGGCCAACAAGUGAACACUUAUUUCAGGCUGCCAAGUUUCAAAACACCAGAAGAGAAAUUUGUGACCUGAUCAGAAAAUGCUAUAAACCUAGAGAUGCUUUUAAUAUGGCGAGAAGGUAUCAACAAUUCAUGGAUCCAAAUUGGCAUGAAAUAAACGUAAACGUAAUGGAAUGGGUUGUCAAGAAAAAAUUCGAACAACAUCCGAUAUUGGCCAAACGAUUAUUGGAAACUGGUGAUAAAAUAUUGGUAGAACAUACAGAACUUGAUAGAUUCUGGGGUGACGGUGGUGAUGGUACUGGUAGUAAUAUGCUUGGAAUAAUCUUGAUGAAUGUUAGAAAAGAAUUGAGGGAUUCUAAUUAUUUGGAAAAAUUAGAAAAAUCUCGUCGUAAGUCAGUAGAAAGUGUCACCACUACGAAUAACGAGGUGUAUUCAUCACCUUCAGAAACAUCUUCGACCAAUUCUUUAUCAAUAAAUAAUAGCAAUGAUGGUGAUGAUGAUUCACCAAAAAAUAUAAAUCCGAUCUCAAAAUAA